ACUCAAACCAUGAAUUACGUCGGGCAGUUGGCCGGCCAGGUCUUUGUCACCGUGAAGGAACUCUACAAGGGGUUGAACCCUGCCACCCUGUCUGGAUGUAUCGAUAUCAUUGUUGUUCGCCAGCCCAACGGGAGCCUCCAAUGCUCUCCUUUCCACGUACGCUUUGGGAAGAUGGGGGUCCUGCGUUCCCGAGAGAAAGUGGUUGACAUAGAAAUCAACGGAGAAUCAGUGGAUCUGCACAUGAAAUUGGGAGAUAAUGGAGAAGCAUUUUUUGUUCAAGAGACUGAUAAUGAUCAGGAAGUGAUCCCCAUGUACCUGGCCACCUCCCCGAUCCUGUCGGAGGGAGCCUCGCGCAUGGAGUGCCAGCUGAAAAGGAGUCCUGUAGAUAGGAUCAGAAGCCUGGACCCCAACACGUCAGCCCAGGCCCUGCCUCCCAGUGAGGCCCCUUCGAGCGGCUCUUUAGUAAAGAAGAGAAGGAAAAGGAGGAGAAAGUCUCAGCUGGACACCCUGAAGAGAGAUGACAACACAAACACGUCUGAGGAUGAGGACAUGUUUCCCAUAGAGAUGAGCUCCGACGACCAGGCUGACCCGCUGGACAGCAGUAGAAAUCUUCCUAACGAUAUACCUGUAUUCCAAGAAGAUGUUUCUAAGGAAAGCCCUUCCCCCAUCAUGACUUAUCCUCAGUCGGCAUCAUACCCUAAUUCUGAUAGAGAGUGGUCACCCAGCGCAAGUAGCCCGAUAGAUUGCCAAAGGACUGCCCCCCACCUGGCAGUUGCGGCCGAGGGAGGCCUUUCUAGCUCUUGCCCUCCACAGCCUUCAUACUUCCAUGCUUCAGAAAGUCCUUCAGGUUCUCGACCUUCGACACCUAAGAGUGAUUCAGAAUUGGUCAGUAAGGCCACCGAUAGGACGAUGCAGAAGAAUAACCUAGAAAUGCUCUGGCUUUGGGGAGAAUUGCCACAAGCUGCAAAGUCAUCUCCACACAAGAUGAAAGACUGCAGUCCGUUAAACAGUAGAAAAAUCUGUGAUAAGAUGCACUUUCAGACCAUUCACAGUGAAUCUUCAGAUGCGUUUAGUGACCAGUCGCCAACCCUGGCCAGGCCGCCCGUGCCGUCCAUCCCAGAGCCGGGCAGGCCUUCCACGGAGAUGCAGUUUGUGAACGAAGAAGAUGUCGAGGCCUUAGGGGCCGCAGCCCCAUCUUUACCUACAGUUGAAGAACCCAAACCACUCUCUGCCAGUGUAGCCCCGACAGCAAGCAAGACGGAUUCUCCUUCCAGGAAAAAAGACAAGCGGAGCAGACACCUGGGUGCUGACGGCGUCUACUUGGAUGACCUCACAGACAUGGAUCCUGAGGUGGCUGCCCUGUAUUUUCCUAAAAACGGAGAUCCUUCGGGGCUCCCCAAACACGCCAGCGACAACGGAGCCCGGUCGGCCAACCAGUCCCCGCAGUCGGUGGGCAGCUCUGGCAUCGACAGCGGCGUGGAGAGCACCUCGGACGGCCUGCGGGACCUGCCGUCCAUCGCCAUCUCCCUGUGUGGGGGCCUCAGCGACAACAGGGAGAUAACCAAAGAUGCAUUUCUGGAACAAGCUGUGUCCUAUCAACAGUUUGUGGACAACCCGGCUCUCAUCGAUGACCCCAAUCUUGUGGUGAAGAUCGGGAAUAAAUAUUAUAACUGGACAACAGCAGCGCCUCUGCUCCUGGCCAUGCAGGCCUUCCAGAAACCUUUGCCAAAGGCCACUGUGGAAUCUAUCGUGAGGGAUAAGAUGCCCAGAAAGGGAGGAAGAUGGUGGUUUUCAUGGAGGGGAAGAAAUACCACAAUCAAAGAGGAAAGUAAGCCAGAGCAGUGCUUGGCUGGGAAGAGCCACAGCACCGGGGAGCAGCCGUCACAGCUUAGCAUGGCCACCAGAAUAAAGCAUGAAUCAUCCUCCAGUGAUGAAGAGCACGCAGCUGCCAAGCCAUCAAGUGCAAGCCACCUCCCUCUGUUGUCCAAUGUCAGCUACAGGAAGACCCUCCGGCUCACUUCAGAGCAGCUGAAAAGCUUAAAGCUGAAGAAUGGCCCGAACGACGUGGUGUUCAGCGUGACCACACAGUACCAAGGCACCUGUCGCUGCGAGGGCACCAUCUACCUGUGGAACUGGGACGAUAAAGUCAUCAUCUCCGACAUCGAUGGGACCAUCACUAGAUCAGAUACUCUUGGCCACAUUCUGCCCACCCUGGGGAAAGAUUGGACCCACCAGGGCAUCGCGAAGCUGUACCACAAAGUGAGCCAAAACGGCUAUAAGUUCCUGUACUGCUCCGCGCGGGCCAUCGGGAUGGCAGACAUGACGAGGGGCUACCUGCACUGGGUGAACGAGCGGGGUACGGUGCUACCCCAGGGGCCCCUGCUGCUCAGCCCCAGCAGUCUCUUCUCGGCCUUGCACAGAGAAGUGAUUGAGAAGAAGCCAGAGAAGUUUAAAGUCCAGUGUUUGACAGACAUCAAAAACCUGUUUUUCCCAAAUACAGAACCCUUUUAUGCUGCUUUUGGAAACCGACCGGCUGAUGUGUAUUCAUAUAAGCAAGUAGGAGUGUCUUUGAACAGAAUAUUUACUGUCAAUCCCAAAGGAGAACUUGUCCAGGAACACGCAAAGACCAACAUUUCCUCGUAUGUGAGACUCUGUGAAGUGGUGGACCACGUUUUCCCAUUGCUAAAAAGAAGCCAUUCUUCGGACUUCCCCUGCUCAGAUACUUUCAGUAAUUUCACCUUUUGGAGAGAGCCACUGCCACCUUUUGAAAACCAGGAUGUUCAUUCUGCCUCAGCGUAAAAUGUUGCAAGCAGCCUCCUGACGUCAUGUGAAGACCAAGCACCCCCCAUUAAAGGAUAGGUUUGGGAGCCAUGGAGCAGGAGCUCCAGAGCCUGACAUGCAGUCAUUUGCUAAAGAGCAGAGAAAUUUGGGGCUUUUCUGUCCCCAUGCCCUGGGGGCUAGACCUUUCUAAGUGAAAUAUGAAGGGUGGACUUUAUAGGCGAGAAUUGGGUGCAUUCAGAGCGGGAAGGUACCCCUCGGUCGUGGCCUAAAGGCGGUCGCCCCACUGCCCUGACCUGUCUGCUCUUGGGGUUCCUUACUGGUCCUGUGCAUCAUGGUGGGCCACUGAAACCGAAGCAGAGGUGGCCGCCUGGGGGCCCCCGCCGACGACAGUUCAGCUGAGGGACACCAGACAUGCAGGACUUUAGUAGAGUAGGGGCACAUUUCCACCUGUGGAGGUGGGUGCCCCCUGUUCCGCACAUGGGUGGGGGCCUAGGGUCCCGAGACCUGCCUCUGCAGGGUCUCCACCCUCACUGUGCUGGCUCGGCCUGGGGGUCCCCUGUGGCAUCUGCCGACGGGUCUGAUGGUUAGGCCCUAAGUUCUUUAAUUCCUUUGGUUAAAGAUGACCUACGUAGUUGAGUUGGUACAUCUCCCCUCCCAUUGUUGUGGCCCAAGGCUGGAGUAUUUAUGCCUUAAUGCAUCUGGGGCAGACGUUUUAUUUAGAAUGUGCUUUGUCCGGCUCUGCAAUGCCUUAAGUUCAGAUCAUAGGUAACACUCGUAGGGCAGUAUUUCGAAUCCGCCCGACACUCUCCAGCCCCUCUCCAGAGAGCUGGUGCUCUAAACGCGGAUUCGCAUGGAGCUCACACCAAACGGUAAUGAUGUCGACUUCUGUGGAGAGCUCUCAAACCAGGUGGUUUUACAAAAAUUGUUUCAAGAAGCUAUGUCCUUUGUAGAUACGCUUAUUUAUUACUUUACUCUGAUUGGGUUACUGUUACAAGCAUUUUAGCCAUAGUCUUUCUAUUAGAGCUGUCAUUAAUGCAUUAAAAAGAUAAAGAUGUUAAACUAUCCAAAGAGCCUUAUUCUGUGUAUCUCACAGACUGACCCUCUUUCGGAGUGUAUGGGUAAUACUUCUUAUUUUCCUUUGCUUUUCCCACCAAAAUUAAGGGCAGGUGGAUAAAUAAGAAUUCGAGUGACAUUCUUUUAAGGGGGCAGAAGAUGAUUCCUUUACUUGUUUAUAAAAUUGGCUUGUGGAGAGGACAGUUUGAAAAGUGAAAGAAUUAUUUUGGUAAAAGAUUUUGCUUUACUUUUUGAAGUAUUAUUUUUUUAAAGAGUGUUUUACUCCAAUGAUUGAAACGCUUUCCUAUAUUUAAAUCGCAUUGUGUUAGUGUCAGAACCCGCGACAGUUGAAUGAAAUUUUACUCUUUCUGUGAAAGAAAAUCCAGAGGUGUUGCCUUCAUUGUAGCCAGUGGGCUCUGUUAGCAAGGGGGGCCUCUCCGGAACGGUGCGCCUGGCCAUUCGAAGGGCAAACACACGUGUGUCGUCUAUCACAGAUUUGCCUAGAAACGUGAACACGCAUGUGCAGAUUCCCUUUCGGAGGCAUUAAAAAAUAAAAAAUAGUUCUGCCUUAACUA